ACAGUAAAUGUAUGAGACAUUAUCUAAAAUACAGGAGAAAAUGCCUUGAAAGUCCCUUUUGGGCCCCCUCUUGUUAAACAUCCUGGCUACGUCGCUGAUCUAUAUUAUGCCUAUUAUUCAUCCUAAUCAAUAAUUAAACUCCUUCAAAAGCUAUUUUAAAAGUGAAUAAUGUUAUCAGCUCCCCUGUUUGAUACAAAGAGAUGACACAGAUUAUUAUUUACGUUGCUGUUUUAUCAGUCUUAACCACAAUCAGUUAUUGCCAGAAGCCCAGGCCAUUACAGAGAAAAUCACAAAACGAUUUUUCUUUCUCAAACUUUGUGAAGGAAAGUUUUUUUUAUCUCAAUGUCGAAGUUGUGGCCAGAAGUUUUGAAAACAACCCUGUUUUGUGCUGGCUGAAGUGCUUGGACGUGCUGUCGUGUUUCUCUGUAAACGUGGCGUCGAGCAAAGACUCCGAGUCCAAGUUCUGGUGUGAGCUUCUCGUCACCGAUAAGUACAACGCCCCGGACAAGUUCCUGCCGAACAGCUCGUCCCACCACUACAGUAUCAGCAGCCAGUGUGAGAACUCUCCGUGUCUUAACAAUGGAACCUGUUUGCCCAAUUACAGCGAUGAUACAUACACGUGCAUUUGCGCGGUGGGGUACAUCGGGUCUCGAUGCAAGCAAGCAUGUCAUUCUGCACUUGGAAUGGAAGAUGGCCGUAUUCAGAACCAUCAACUCACUGCUUCCAGUGAGUAUAGCGCUGAUCUAAAGGCUUACCACGCACGGCUCAACCAAGUAGUUCCUGGUAGCAGCGGUUGUUGGUCCCCACAGUACCUUUCGGUUGAUCAAUACUUGCAGGUAAGACAGACAGACGGACGGACGGAAAUCUCACAGCCUCACUCACCUACUACCGUGGAUUUGGAAAAGGCGAAGUACAUAACCAUGGUUGCUGCACAAGGCCGAGCUUUGGAGGGAGGAGUCUACACAGGCCAUUAUCAGUGGGUCAAGACGUAUGGUCUAAAAUACAGCGAUGAUGGGACCAACUGGACCGACUACUCCGAGGGAGGAGUUAUCAAGAUCUUCUCAGGAAAUACCGAUAGUGGAACUGUAGCUAGGCGUGGUUUAGUUGAGCCAAUCAAAGCAAGAUAUAUCCGAUUCCUGGUAAAAUCGUGGCACGGUCACCCCUCCAUGAGGGCGGAGCUCUACGGCUGCGAGCCGUAAAAUGUGUGAGGGAGGGGGGGGGGGGGAAGUGCGAGGGCACUGACUUAGACAUUCCCAUAAAACCAAUGCAUAAUACACCACCAAGCCAGAAGGUGUUGAUUUUGAGCCCCACUUUUAGAUAAUAUUGUAUAGGAGGGUUAGGGGGCAUACUCCCCGUAAAAAUUUUGUCAUUUUCAAAUAUAUGAAAUGCCAAUUAUUGCUAAAACCUAAAUAGAAAACAGCACCAUUAGCUCCUUUUCAACUGAAAUCUUAUUUACAUAUCUUUUCAUAAAACCAAUCUGAAAAGUUAGUCGGAGGGGACUUAAUCAUGAAUUGAAAUUCGUAAUUUCAGUGAUGGAAAUUAAUAAAAGCAAAACUGCAAAAUAUAAAAA